CAUUAGGGCUCAAAAACAAUAUCAAGAGACGAAUCUCCCUUACCAACUACAGCAUAAACCACCGUCGCGAUCUCCCAACCACCAUCCGUAACUAGAACCCCCGCCGGCGAACUCGGAACUGAAACCAUCGACUAGUUUUACGCACAAUUACAUCGUUCUACGGGCAGUUGAAUAACUUCGGAAACUUGGGAUUCAUUAAACCAUGUCUGACAAGAUGAAGGCAGCGGCCUUAUCAGCAACCAAAGGGCUUAGUCGUGUUCAAGCCGAACGUGCAGCAGAAAACGCAGCACGAAACGUAAAUGCAUACGGGCAGAAAGAAGAAGGGCCGAGUAGAUGGCAAGAAAAGAAAGAAGCAAAAACACAAAUGUAUCUUAAUAGCACUGAAAAGCAACCGACUUUGAACCAAAAAAGAUGUCAGAAGUGUCGCCAAACCGGGCACUGGACAUACGAGUGUCAGAAACCAGCACCUGAAAUCCCCAAACCGGAAUCCGGCUUGCCAGUUUCACAUGGUUUAGGUGGUGCAUCCAUCAAGAAAGACGAGAAAGCUGAAAAGAGUUUGAAGAAGAAGACGGAGAAACAUAGUAAACAUAAACACAGGAAGAGAAAACAUAGGUCACGGUCAAGGUCAAGUUCAGAAUCCUCUGAUUCAGAAUCAGAUGAUGAUAGGCGCAGGAAGAGAAAAAGGCAUAGCCGAAGGUCAAAAGGAAGUCGAUAAGUUGAGUAGUCAGUAGUGUUAUGUAGUUACGGGGAGUAGUCGCAAGGCAACCCUUAUGAUGGAGGAGACAUGUUAACCUUUCUUUUGGUGCUGUAGCAAUUGAUAUGUCACAAUAGUAGAUGUGUGAACAGGGUUUAAACGAACCUAACGUGAUGAAUUAUUUGGCGUGAAGCUCGUAUAUGUUCUCUCAUUAAGGUCAAAUUAUCUUUGUUUUUUCGUUUA